AUGGACUCUACCAUACACAUCUUGGGUCUUGGAAAUCUGGGAAAGCUCUUUGCGCACUCAUUAGCUACAAAACCAAACCCCCCUCCUCUAACAUUGUUACUCCAUCGCCCAAAACUAUAUGAAAUAGCCAAAGCCAAAGGACCAAAGAUUGGGAUUCAUCAUGACGGCGUUUGGAAUUGGGAGGGUCAAUAUAAUGCAGAGCUUGUGUCCAUGGAUGAUCUUCCAAGUCCCCUAGAUAUUAAGUAUAUAUCUAAUCUGAUAGUCACCACAAAAUCUCACAAAACGGCUGAGGCACUUUCCAUGAUUAAAUAUCGAUUUACCCCUUUGUCAACUAUAAUCUUCAUACACAACGGUAUGGGAGUGGUUGAAGAAGUCAAUAAGAGCAUCUUCCCAGAUCCUAAAGAAAGACCACAUUAUUUAUUUGGUAUAGCAUCUCAUGGUGUGUAUCGAACAGACGACUUCACAGCUGUCUUUGCAGGCCAUGGUUCCGUUAUCCUUGGUAAUCCAGGGGAUGAUAUUGAGAAGACUCCUCAUGGAAGCUAUCUCUUGCAACAAGUCAUUGACUCAAAACUUCUCGGCGCGAGUGAAGUUCCUUGGGACGAGUUCAAACUCCUUCAAUUGCAAAAAUUGGCUGUAAAUGCAGUCAUAAAUCCUCUCACUGCCUUGAACGAUUGUUUAAACGGUAUGAUUGUGGAACCUUCCAUGGUCGGAGGUAUAAGAAGUGACUUUGACGGUCUGAUAUCCGAAAUAAGUCAAGUCUUCUGUUCUCUUCCAGAACUUCAAGGAAUUCCGGGCUUGAAAGAAAGGUUUUCAACAGAAAGUUUGCGAAACGCCAUUUCGAAUGUUGCUUCGGCCACUUCACAAAACAGAAGCUCUAUGCUUCAAGAUGUUAGUAAGGGCAGUGAAACAGAAAUUCAUUAUAUUAAUGGAUACAUUGUGAGAAGAGCACAAGAGUUGGGUAUUGAGUGUCCUGUGAAUAUGAGGAUGGUUGCAGAUAUUCUCGCGGUAGCUGCAAAGUAG